AUGAAGGCCACUUUCGGACUUGGACUUGGUGCUCUUGCAGCCCUCUGCCAGUCGGUAUACGGUCUGGAGGAUGGAGCCUACACGAUCGACUCAGUCAUCAGUGGUGGCACCGAGGCCCUGACCGACUAUCGACAACCCGGUGUCCCCCUCGAAUUUGCUCAGAAUCAACGCAAUGAAUACCAAACUUGGAACUUCCAAGAAACCGAAAAGGGAUCAUCCAACGACAAAUACUUCUUGAUCCAAAGUACUGCUGGCACGUUCUUGAACUGUGGUACCGAGAAAGGCUCUGCUUGUGUUACCAGCGAUUCUCCUCAGGCUUUCCUCCCCGAGUUCGCAGGCAAUGGUAAAUAUCAGCUUGUUGUAGAGGGCUCUGGGUAUUUCCUGAAUGCCAAUUACAAGGGACAAUUGAUGUUGGCUGCAUAUGACACGACUGACAAUGAGCUGUUCUUCUUGUCCCCGGCUGAACAGUAA